UGUUUUGUAGGGUAGCCGGUUUGUUUGUAAUUAUAAAAAGUUUUGGGAAGAGAAAAACAAUUGUUCCGGGAACCUUCCGGAAAAUACAAAGAAAUAAUUUAAAAACUUUCCGGAAAGUAAUUAGAUAUUUAGUGAUAAGGGGAAGGAAAUAUGUUUAUGUAAUUUUUUUCCGAAAUAUAUAAAUUCUCUGUAUAAAAUUCAAAACUUAAAGAGCAAUUAGAUUACCCAGAAGAGCCAUUUAUUGGAAAUAGUGAAUUUAAUAAAUUAAAUAAUGAAAACAAUAUCGGAGAGGAUAAUUGGGGAAAUGGAGAAAUGUAUCCGGAAAAUGAAUUUGCUUUGAACAAAAGUAUCAACAAUUCAAAUGAGAAUAAUAGAGAAGGAGAAGAUAAUGAAGCUGGAUAUGAAACCGAGGAGACUAAAGGAUCGAAGAGAGAGGGAAUUGAUGAUAAAAAUGAAAGGGGAGGUGAAAAAUCUGUUGUAGCUCUUUCAAAAGGGAAGGAAGGAAAUGACGAGGUAGGGGAUGAUGAAGAAGAGGAGAAAGAGAAAGAUGGAAGUGAUGGAAAAUCAACCAAAAAACUGGACGAGGUUGGAGAUGAUGAGGAUGAGGUAGAAGGUGAAAAUGAAAAGGGGAAGGAAAAGGAGAAGAAACGAAAAAUUGACGAAAUAGGGGAGGAUUUGGAAGAGGAGGAACGAAAAGGAAGAGAUGAAGUAAGUAAAAAUAGAGUUGAUGAGAUUGGUGAUGACCUGGAAGAGAAGGAAGAAAAUAAGGCAGAGAAAGGAGAAGGUAAGGAUGGGCGUAUUGGAGAGGUUGGGGAUGAUUUGGAGGAAAAUCAAAAAAAUAAUGAUAGAAUUGAUGAAAUUGGCGAUGAUCUAGAGGAGGAGAAAGAGAACAAAAAAGAGAAAGGGAAGGAAACUAUUGGAGAAAUUGGAGACGAUUUGGAAGAAGAAAGAAAUGACGAAGAAAAGAAUCAGAAACGAAAUUCUUUUGUGGAAAUUGGUGACGACUUAGAGGAGGAGGAUAAAGAAAAUAAAAAAGAAGAUAAGAGGAAGAGUAUAAUGGAAGUAGGAGAUGAUUUGGUUGAAGAGGAUGAAAAAUCAGAGAAUAAUAAACGAACGAAUAGUAAAAUUAUUAGUGAGGUUGGGGAUGAUUUGGAGGAAGAUGAAGGAAACAAAAAUGAGGAAAAGAGGAAUUACAAUUUCGGGAUUGGAGAUGAUUUGGAGGAGGAAGAAAGUAAAAAGACGAGAAAUAAUGUUGGAGAGGUGGGUGAUGAUUUGGAAGAAGUUGAAUUGAAUAAGGAAGGGAAAGAGAAAAGAAGUGAUAUUUAUGAGGUUGGUGAUGAUUUAGAUGAGAAUGAAGUAAAGAAGGAGGAAGAAAAGGAGAGAAAUAAUAUUGGAGAGGUAGGUGAUGAUUUGGAGGAAGAUGAAUUGAAUAAGGAAGGGGAACAAAAGAGAAACAAUAUUGAUGAGGUUGGCGAUGAUUUGGAAGAAGAUGAGGUAAAGAAGAAUGAGGAAAUGAAGAGAAAUAAUGUUGGGGAGGUGGGUGAUGAUUUGGAUGAGAAUGAUAUAGAGAAGGAAGGGAAAGAGAAAAGAAGUGACAUUAAUGAAGUUGGCGAUGAUUUAGGUGAAGAUGGAGUAAAAAAAGAGGAAGGAAUGAAAAGAAAAGGUUAUGGGGAAAUUGGUGAUGAUUUAGUUGAAGAAGAGAGUGAGGAAACUAAUAGAGAAAGUAAUAUGAAUAAAAAUAAUGAUGAUGAAAUUGGAGAUGAUUUGGAAGAGGAAGAAAAGGGAAGAUCGAAGAUUAAUGGUAAAAAAGGGAAAAAUAAAGUUAUCAAUGAAAUAGGGGAUGAUUUGGAAGAGGAGGGAGGAAUUGAAAAAAAUAAAAAUAAUUUGGGGAGAAUAAAUGAAGUUGGGGAUGAUGAAAUGGAAGAGAAUAAAAAUGAUAAAAAACCUCCAGAAGUUGAUGAAAAGGAAGAAGAGAAGGAUGAAAAUGAGGUGAACGAAAAGGAGGCUAAAAAUAAUUUAAAAACUGAAGAAGAAAAUCCUUUGGAAGAAAAUGAUGAAAAUGGAUUGGGACCUGAUAAUGGAGGAAGAAAAAAUCCAAAUAAAUUGGAAGAGGAGGAAAAUGAGGAUGAACAAUUAAAUAAUAAGAAAGGGGGUAAAAAGCAGAAUAAAGAUGAAGAAGCAACAACUAAAUCGGGGGAUGAAGACACUCACAGAGACAAAACAAAAGGGUUAGACGAACUUCAACCUCCUGAAAAUAAAAAGGGCGAUGACGUUGCUAAAGAAGACGAAAAUGGUUCGAAGUUGACAGAUCAAGAAGAAAAUGAUAAAACUGAUUCAGGACCACCUACAUCCUCUAAACAAGAGGAAAAAGAAGAAGAAAAGUCUAAAAUACCAGAAGAAGAAGAACAGAUUCAAACAACAACAGAAUCACGUUUGCCAACAAAAACACAGUCUACUACUCCUCCUCCCCCAAUACCCAUCCCUCCACCUAUGCCUGCAAUUCCAGAAAUUCUAAAUACUACAACUCCAGCACCCAUCACACCUCCAAGUACUGAAGGUGAUGGGGAAGAAGAGAACAGGCCGAAUGACUGCAGUUCUGAUCCUGGUCAAUGGAGUGAAUGGAAAGAGACUGGGUUGUGUACGGCAGAAUGUGGGGCUUGUGGGUUGAUUCAAAGAACUCGUGAAUGUCUUUCUUACAAAGACGGGAAAGGGUGCCCCUGUCUUGGAGAAUACAAAGUAACUGAACCAUGCAAUAUUGGAGUAUGUCCAUAUCCCAAACCUUCUUGUUGUAUGCCUUAUUCUUUGAUUUAUGUGGAAGGCAAUUUUGCCUGUGGGCCUAUGAAUGAGGCGAGUUUACCUUUUUUAAAUGCUUUAUUCUAG